AUGACAGUAAACAUUGAUAUGAUAUCAGAUGAAGAUGACACUCCGUUAACUACUACAACUACAAUUGAAUCAAGUCAAUCAGAAUUAAAAAAGUUAACAAAAGAUAAACUUUUAAAGAUAUGUAAAAAGGAUAAAAUACGAGCUUCAAAAUCAUUUAGAAAAGAUGAAUUGAUUCAAUCGAUAUUGGACUUUCAUUGUAAACCUGACUUGAUUAUUCCUAGUCAAGAAGAUGUGGUAGACACAACACCAAAGAGUAAUCAUAGUAUGAAUGAAUUUAAUAGUGAUUCCGCUGAGUACUCUCUUCCUACUACAACGAUCAUAAAGAUAUUAAGAAGGUGUUGGAUAUUGCGUUUACAAAGUGAAGAUAUUAAGAAUCGCUACAGAGAAGCAUUACAGCUGACUAGUAUCAACAAACAGUUUCAUGCGAUCGUUGGAAUAUCGAUAAAAAAGGAUUGGAGAGAGCUAUUACCAAUCCUAUGA